GGGGCUGUGUGCACAAUAACCGAGACCCUCCCACUUUUAUGUGUGCACCCUAAAGAGAGGCGUGACAAAUACUUAUUUGAAGAUAUCAUACACAAGCACGUCUAUUAAAGGAUUCAGGAGUGCCACCUUAUUGAGCAAAGGAGAAAUCUUAAGGUUUAGAAAAAUGGAUAAAUUUAUCUUCAGCAUUCGCCAGAAGUACAAAGAAAGACUCCUAAAUUGUCAAGAGCAAUGGCCACCAGUUAGAGGAGACAGGCUCAUCAAUUUGCAAUUAGUGGAGGCUGAAAAGAAAGAAGGAUUUAGAGCCGGCUUGUCACAACAUGGUGCACCUGAUGAUAACGUCAAACGCACUCCAAUCCUCCAUGGUGACCUAUUCCGAGUCGAAAAAGACAAGAAACCAGUGAGGAAGCUCAUUGUUGAAGGUAAUGCCGGGAUCGGUAAAACCACACUGUGUACCAUGCUUGCUGAAGGGUGGGCAGAGGGCAAGAUCCUAAAAUGCUUUGACUGUGUUCUGUUGCUUCCACUGAGAGAAAAUGAAGUAUCUUCUGCUACAAGUUUUUCUAAACUGUUCAAACUUCUCCAUGCCAGUGAGAAGGUCCGCACAUCUGUUAUAGAAGAGUUAGAAGAGAGAGAGGGAAAGGGUGUCCUCAUCAUAGCUGAUGGCUGGGACGAGCUCAGUGAAGAUAAUCGCUCGAAAAACUCUUUUCUGUAUAACCUUCUCUUCGGUCACAUUCUUCCAUUUGCAUCUGUUCUUCUCACCUCACGACCUUCUGCUUCAGCUAUUCUUCAUGACCUUCCUUCUGUGGAUCGUUUGGUUGAGGUAGUUGGUUUUAAUGAAGAGAAUGUCAAGCAGUACAUAGAAUCAGAGUUUGAGCAAUUCCCAGAGAAAGCUUCUUCUCUCAUCGAGCAGCUUGAGAACAACCCACUCAUUCAGAGUGUGUGUUCUGUGCCUCUCAAUUGUGCCAUUAUUUGUAACUUGUGGCACACUUUAGACCAAGAGCUUCCUCGUACGCUAACUGAGCUGUACACUCAAAUUGUUCUUAACAUCAUCCUUCGCAAUAUAAAGAAAAAAUUCCCUAAUAGUCCGAUUGGCCUAAAUAUAUUUGACGAGAUUCCGAAUGAUCUACAAAACACAUUUUGGUUGAUUUGUGAGUUUGCCUACGAGUGCUUAUUAUUAGAUCAGCUGGUUUUCUCAGAAGCUGAAUUGUCCUCUCGCUUACCCGAAGUUGGUGACAAGUUGCAUUGCUUUGGUCUGUUGCAGUCUGCACGAUCACUUCUACCUGUUGGUCACGGCCUGUCUUUUCAUUUUGCUCACCUGACCAUCCAGGAGUUUUUGGCUGCCCUCCAUCUUGCUACUCUACCCAAUGAAGAGAAACUAAAGGUUGUUAAGGCUCAUGCUGACAGUGGCCGGUUCAACAUGGUGUGGAGAUUUAUGUUUGGUCUUGCUAGUAAAAAUCAUGGUCGUAGUGAUAAGGUGAUCAGUUUGGAUGAUGGUUUGAUGAAUCAAUUUCUGAAGGCUAAAGAGCACGACGUUUUGGCUUUAUGUCAUUUGGCUUUUGAAGCUUCAGAUCCAGGCCUUUCAAUAAGAUUUUGUAAUGUUUCGGUUCGAAAUUUAUUCCACAAAGAUUUAAAAACGGUGGCUUUCAAAGCUCCAAACUUUGUGCUAAGAAUUUGUGAAAUGUUUGGGAACUAUCUGUUAGACAGUUACUUCAACUCUCCCUUUGACUGUGUAGCUAAGUUUUAUGUUUUUCGUUAUGUUGAAAAAUGUGAUAACAUGCCGUUGGUUAUCAGAAUAGGUGAUUGUUCAAUCGAUGAUAAGCUAUUGAAGGAACUAGCAGACAUACUUUCAAACGCAAAUGGUAAACUGCAAGUCCAACAGUUACACCUCGAGCAGACUAAGUUGUCUGACAAAGGUGUUGCUGAUCUAUUUAAGAGAGCCUCAGCUUCCUUUACAGAUUUAGAUUACCUCUCGUUAUAUCAAAACAACUUCACUGACGUCAUGUCUUCAUUCAUCCACACAUCUUGCACUAGCCUCACGCAACUGCAUUUGUCUCACAAUCCUCUUGGAGUGUCUGGCAUACAGUCAUUAGAGACAGCUGUACAGUCUGGUGCUCUUAUCAACCUGGAGCUAUUGGGGCUCUCUAACACCCUCACUGAAGACGCUGAUGUCAAUGGAGCUCUACUGACCACCCUCUUACAGUCCAUUGCCUCUCACUGUUCUAGUGUGUUAACCUUAUUUUUACAUAAUAACAAUCUUGGAUUACCUGGAUUAUGUUCAGUUGCGGAAAACAUUCCGUUACGAUUGAAUCACAUUAAUUUAACGGGUACCCAUUUUACUACUUCUUUUCACUCAGAGUCUCAAUACACACUCACCUGUGAGAUGUUGAAAAUUACUCCAAACUACUUAACAAUGAUUGAUUUGACCCACUCUAAUUUCAGUGGAACUACCGGAACUCUCUUGCUGGCAAAGAUUCUUCAGGCAUUUCAAUCACUGAAAGGACUUGAUUGCUCUGACUGUUUUCUCACUUCUUCCGACAUCAUAAUGCUUAUCCACCAUCUUAAGUCCAAUAAUGUGAUAUGUAAGAAUAUAAAUGCAUUGGAUCUCAGAGACAACUCCAUUGAUGAUGAUGGAGUGAUAGCUCUCACUGAGUGUCUACCUGAGCUGUUUCUUAGUUUAAAGGUGAUUGGUGCCGGGAACCAUUGUGACAUUGAUCUCUGUGGUAAUCCUGUGAGUGAAGAGUUGAUACACAUGUGCAACAAACACUUAGAGGCCUUUGAGGAAUCGGAAAAAACUGCAGUGCUAAAGGAGUGGGAGAGAUCACUUUUACUUCCGCAAAAUGAAAUGAUGGCUCGUGCUUUCUACAAGCUGUGGGAUACACUGCUGUCUGAGAUGAUUAAGGUGGCUGAAGUAUUUGACCUCCACCCAACAGACGAUGCAUGCACUGAGAACAUAACUGCUACAGAAUCACGCAAUAAUGACCCUCCCUGUCUUACUGAGGUGAUAACAGCUGCUGACUCUAGUAAAAAUGGGAUAGUUACGCCUCCUUCAUCUCCACGAGCAACUCAAGCCAGUUCAGUUCCUCCAGAGUUGACUCUCAGUGUUCUGGACAAGGAGCUCAAGACACUCACAAAACCAAUACGGUUUGGGGUCAGUUUGGACAUUGCUCAACACAAACUGGAGAUCAUCGAGCAAGACCAUCGAAACGAUACUGAAGGUCAGAAGAUUGCCCUGUUUCAGUUCAUUGCCAAGAACUACAAGAGUCUAGGAAUAACUUGGAGCAUUAUUGCCGACGCUCUCCAUGACAUUGAUUAUGGGGACUUGUCAUCAGCUGUUAGGGGAAAAUACUGCACUAUAGCUAGACUAAGUACGUGACAUUCAUAUAAUUAUACUAGAUUGUAUGUUGUUCAUUUGUUGACAGAGCUUUUCUUAUAAGGACACAUUGUCAAACAUGACUAUUAUAAUAUAAAUUAUUGCCUGAUUAUAUACAUGGUUUUUUUUCUACCGCCUUGAAAUAACACCAAUUUCUCAUU